AUCGCGACUUCCAUUGCGCAAGGUACCACGACUUUGUUCGACGCUUGGAGGUCAAUUCCACUCCCAACCCUCCCAAUUCCCCUAAGCCCCGCUCCACAUUCCUACACCCACACCCCAUCCCGCCGCUGAAAUGUCCUCAAUCGCCCCUUCCUUCUUCAAACAGCCCUUCCGCUACAUGCGGUGGGCAUCCGUCAAUAAACCCGCAUACUUCUAUUCCAUUGUCGUCGGCUGCAUCGGGCCCGUUAUGAUCUUUACUGUUCCGCCGAUCCGAAGUUAUCUUGGGGAUGAACAGAGGCCUAGGAUUCCGCAGACUUAUCCAAUUCCUACAGGACCGCGACCGCGACCUGAGGGGUUUGAUGACGAAUGAGCGAACGAAGGGCCAUUGGGGAAGGAAAGUAAGGGGAAGUAAACGUGAAUAGAUGCGUUAAAACGAUUUCCAUCAGUGGGUGCAGGAGGAUCUGGAGUGCCCUCACUUCACGACGGAGUCAGAAUUAUGACUAGAAUGGUGUAAAUCUUUUACAUUUUUUACAUUUUUUUUUUUACCUGGGAUAGCGAUGCCAAUCCCCUCCGUGUACAAAGUAUCCCCCUUUCCAAUAAAACUGACAAACUUCAUAAACA